CUUCCGUCGAAAUUUCAUACUUUGUUAUCAUUUUCACGUUCUUCAUGCGCGGUCGGUCCUGUCAAUACCGGUUGCAAAGACCAUCCAAUUUCUGCACACAUCUAUAUAAUAUAAGGGUUUUAAACGCGGAUAUUCGAGAUUAUAUAUAGAAAUGGCCACUCUCGCUCGUACUUUGCGUCCUUACUUAAGGUGCAUCCGGAAUCAAAGAAGAACCUAUGCAGAUGCUGCAGCCAAUGACCAAAUGAAGUUUACGUUUGCUGGUGCUAAUCAGGUAUUCUAUGAUCAAGUUACAAUUCGUCAAGUCGAUGUACCUUCCUUCUCAGGUGCAUUUGGCAUUCUACCAAAACAUGUUCCCACAUUGGCGGUGUUAAAACCUGGAGUAGUUACAGUAUACGAAGAAGGUAGUUCAGUCAAGAAAAUUUUUGUCUCAUCUGGCACAGUUACCAUAAAUGAAGACAACAGUGUACAGAUUCUAGCAGAGGAAGCUCACCCAGUUGAAGACCUUGAUAGCUCAGCAGCAAGAGAUAUCCUUAGCAAAGCUCAGCAACAGCUCUCCUCGGCGACAACAGAUAAAGACAAGGCCGAAGCAGCUAUUGCGGUUGAAGUUGGGGAAGCUCUUGUGCAAGCUACACAAUAAAUGUUAUAUAUAAAUAAUAUAAAAUUAUAUACACAUAUUUCAUGCUAAGAAUUUUAGGAGAAAGCAUGUGUUCAACAUACCCUUAUCAUAAUAACUGUAGAACAAUGUGACAGAAAUAAAAAAAUAUAUUAAUUCAUA